UCUCCGGAGCCACUGGUUACGGAUGAAAUGACUGCGGCAGAUAAUUAUUAUACUUGGACCGUCGUCGUAGCUCGACUCGUUUCACUGCUGUACUACAGCACCGGCACCUAAAUCACCACACACGUCCGGCGACCGCGAGCGUGCGCUAAAUCCCGAAUCCGCGUUCUCUCGUCGAUUUGCCGACGUCACACGCGCGCACACAAUAUAUUAUACACUUGUGGUGGUCGCUAAAAUAAUUGCACAUCGUCCGGUGCCGCUUGACAUAACGAACACUGCCGACCGUCAUGCCUACUUCCGGCGGAAGUUGCGAGUGCUCGUGGUCCGACUCGUCGUUCCUGUCCGGGUCGUGCGGCAACACCGGCGGCCUGGCGUUUUUCAUGUCGUUGGUGGACCUGGUGAUCCGGUCACAGUGCUCGGUGACGGACCCGUGUCGACGGGCCACGGGCCGCCGGCCGUUUCCGUCCGGUCCGGUGUAUCCGGAAGAGCUGGAUUUCGUGGUGGUCGGCGGCGGCGUGGCCGGUUCCGUGGUGGCGUCCCGGCUGAGCGAGGUGGCCGGCUGGACGGUCGGACUGCUGGAGGCCGGGCCCGAGGAGCCGUCGGCCACGUCGGUGCCGGCGUUCGCGUCGGCCGCGAUGGGCACCGACCUCGACUGGCGGUACCUGACCGAGCCGCAGGGCAACGCGUGCCUGGGCGCGGGCGGAAUAUGCGCGUGGCCGCGGGGCAAGAUGUUGGGCGGCACCGGGGCCAUGACGGGCAUGAUGUACUCGAGGGGCCACCGGCGCGUGUACGACGGAUGGCGCGACUCGGGGGUAGUGGGCUGGGGCUACGAGGACGUUCUGCCGUACUUCAAGAAGUCCGAGAGGAACAAGGACACCGACAUGGUGGAGCCCGAGUAUCACGGGUUCGACGGUCCCGUGUCAGUGCAGCGGUUCGCUCACCGUCCCGAGAUGGCAGAGUCCAUCGUGCAGGCCGGUGCCGAGUUGGGCUACAGAACCGGUGACCUUAACGGACGCAAUCAAACAGGGUUUUCCAUAGCCCAGGUGAUGGUGGAUGGCGGCCUGCGAAUGAGCACUUCACGGGCGUACUUGCGGCCCGCUCACGACAGACCUAACCUGUUCGUGAAGAUCAACAGUCGCGUGACUGGGUUGGUGUUGAACAAGCUGAACAAUCGCGUGCAGGGCGUCAAGUACGUGGACCAGUACGGCGAGCACAUGGUGCGCGCCCGAAAGGAAGUGAUCCUGUCGGCGGGCGUCGUCGGUUCCGCGCACCUGCUCCUGGUGUCUGGCAUUGGGCCGGCCGAGGAACUGCUCCGGGCUGGUGUCACCGUUUUCCAGGAUCUGCCGGUCGGUCGGAACCUGCAGCACCACGUGUCCGUCAGCGUCGCUGCCACGGUAAACGCAUCCGAGGAAGCGCACUACCUGACCAUGGACGCGGUGUCCGAGUUCCUGGCCACGCGCACCGGCCCACUGGCCAGCACGGGACUCACGCAGACCACAGGAUUCUUGACCACCUCGUACUCGGUCGACGGGGUGCCCGACGCACAGGUGUACUUCGACGGUCUGGCGCCCAACUGUGACAAGAUCCCGAUGGAUCCGGACGGGCCGGCGUACCGGGAUUAUGACGGCGCGAGGGCGUACGUGUGGGCAAGACCGACGUACCUGUUGACGAGGAGCAAGGGCUACAUAGCGCUGCGGACCGGCAACCCGCUGGACGACCCGAUCAUCCAGCCCAAUUACUUUCAGGACCCGCGGGACGUGCUGGCCAUGGUGGAGAGCAUACGGAUCGUGUUGGCGUUGAUGCGCACGCGAGCGAUGAGCAAGUGGGACAUGCAGCCGGACAUUACGCCGUACCAGGAAUGCGCGCAGCACGAGUACGACUCGGACGCGUACUGGGCGUGUGUGGUGGUCACCGACACGAGGCCCGAGAACCACCAUUCGGGUACCUGCAAGAUGGGACCGACCGACGACCCGGAGACGGUGGUCGACCCGGAGCUCCGGGUGCUCGGCGUGGCCAACCUGAGGGUGAUGGACGCGUCCGUGUUCCCCACCGGGCCCAACUGCAAUCCCAUAGCGCCGGUCAUAAUGGUGGCCGAAAAGGGCUCGGAUCUGGUCAAGCAGACGUGGAGUGCAUAUGUGCACGAGAACAACGUGCCGCCGUACAAACAGCCAACGACCGCACGAUGAUAUGACAAAUAUUAUUUGCGACAUAUUGUAGUCGUCGCGAACCUGGCCGCAAAGGCCAUACGCUGUAUACGUUGUAUUUUUAAUUUGCCAUUAUUUAUUUUUUCUGCGUUUCUCGGAUGACGUGUACAGGCGAUUACACACACGUGUUUUCAGUGUAUUUUUUUUUUGUGUCGAAAAACAAAUCAUCGAUGUAAAAACAGUCCUAAUAAGUAUUCUAAAUAAGUAAGAAGUGUAUAUACUAUUAGAAUUUAUUAACGACCUUGACUUUUAAGAUAUAAAAAACAUAAUAUAUUUUCAAGACCAAAAUAGCCUUUAUGCAUAAGAAGGUUAAUGGUUUUAAGUUAUUUAAUUAAAUAAAACAUUUGCUUUUACUGUGUUCUGGAUUUUAUUUUGGAAUUAAUAUUUAUGGACAAAAGUUAAGAUGAUAAAAAAUUAUAAGAACCAAGAACAUAAUUUAAUAUACCCGUACAGAAAUUAAUAAUCUAACAGAAGUACAUAUUUUUAGGAAAACCAAACGAGUAAUAAUCGGGUAAUUUUAAUAUUUAAAAUAUGUAAGACGCAUACUUGACAAUCGUCAGAUUCUGGAAAAGUAACUUUAUAGUUUUGUCAGUUUUCAUCAUUUAAAUAUUUGGAAAAAAUUAUGGCAC